AUGUUUCGGAAAAAACUCAUUAAAGGAUAUGAGCCUUCUCCCAGCAGCAGCAGCGGCAGCUGCACCUUCGGCCUCUCAGGGCUUGCAAGUCCCUACUGCGGCUAUGUCCUGUUUGAAUUGCUGGACUUCGACAAUUUUGAACUAGCCGAACCAAACAUGCCAGAUGGUACAAAAGCAGCCAAAUGUAGAGACGAUGACAGCUUUGUAAUAGAAGGGGGUCAUGAGAUCAAUCCUCUCAAUUUGGACCACAUUAAACUAUGUGGGAAUAACACAGGCCAACAUUUAUACACGUAUGUUCACCUGAACACAAGUGCAGUCCCCAUCACCUUUACUCUUUUAGUACAAGCUGACACAUCACCUUAUAAAUGGAAGAUCAGAACUACCAUGAUUGACUGCACCAAGGAAUCUCGUCUCAAAGCUCCCAGUCAAUGCCUUCAAUACUACAUCGGGUCUGAGGGAACAAUUCAAAGCUUCAACUAUGGACGUGGUUCCAGUAACUAUCUGGGAAAUUUGGACUACCAGAUCUGCAUCAAUCGAGAAUUCAAUAAAUGUGGAAUCCUGUACACAGCUACCAAUUCUCCCUCGACAGUACAAAUCCUGAUAACAAUAACCUUCCGCCAUUCUACUGUGGAAAUGCAGACAGGCUCACUGUUUUGGGUGCUUCACCUGCAGAACGUUGUGGAAAUGAAAAUGCUACAAGUUUCCCUGCCCAUGGAUGAGACCCACAAACUCUCUUCAUUCCCAUACUGGCAACAACAUCCCAUUUCCAGUUUGUGGACAAGGCUCCACUACAAUGGCAUCUCAUUUGCUCCAACCUCUGUGUGGUGGAGGGAGAAAAGGCAAAGGAAAGAGGGUGCUCUCAUUGAAAUGAACUUGAAGGCCACAUUUAUGAUCCCUUUUAUGCUAAGUGCAUUCCACAAGCCUCCUGAUUCUCUAUCACCCAUCUAUGGCAAUACCCACACAAUGUUGUUGGAAGCGAACAGUGUCAUUGAUGGGUGGAGGAAUACGUGA